AUGGAGGUGCAGACUGGUCUAAAUGCGAUGCAUAUCGCUGCAUACUAUGGCAAUACGGACUUUGUUAUGGAGAUGUUGAAAAGCGUGCCCGCAACAGUCCGCUCCGAACCUCCAAUUUACAAUCACCACGUUGUUAAAGAAUUUGCCACCGAGUAUGGUUUUACGCCAUUGCAUCUUGCUGCGCAAUCCGGCCACGAUGGACUUGUGCGAAUGUUGCUCAACCAGGGAGUGCAAGUAGAUGCUACGAGCACUACAAUGGGUGUGAUUCCUUUACAUCUAGCUGCGCAGCAAGGUCAUAUCGCUGUUGUCGGAAUGCUGCUUUCUCGUUCAACACAGCAACAGCAUGCCAAAGAUUGGCGCGGCCGAACACCGCUCCACUUGGCUGCUGUGAAUGGGCACUACGAAAUGGUUUCAUUACUAAUUGCUCAAGGAUCUAACAUCAACGUAAUGGAUCAGAAUGGUUGGACUGGAUUGCAUUACGCUACUAAGGCAGGUCACCUGAACGUGGUCAAAUUGUUUGUGAAAAGCUCAGCAGAUGAGUUGGCGGAAACAAAAGAGGGGAAAGUGCCGCUAUGUUUUGCUGCUUCUCACAAUCAUAUCGAAUGUUUACGAUUUCUUCUGAAGCAAAAGCACGAUACACAUCAGUUAAUGGAGGAUCGCCGAUUUGUAUUUGAUCUGAUGGUAUGCGGUAAAGGUACUGACAACGAGCCAUUGCAAGAAUUUAUCCUACAAAGUCCCGCGCCCAUUGAUACGGCUGUCAAGCUGUCAUCACUCUAUCGAGACAUGUCGGAAAAAGAAAAAGAAAGAGCCAAAGAUCUGCUUAAUGUAGCUGUCUUUUCCGAGAAUAUGGCUGUAGAGUUACUGGGUAUCUCCGCUAGCGAGUACAAUGCCGCAAUCCUUCUUAAAGCCAGGGACACUCGUGGACGUCCACUCCUGGAUGUGUUGAUAGAAAAUGAACAGAAAGAAGUAGUUUCAUACGCUUCGGUGCAACGAUAUCUAACGGAAAUCUGGACAGCGAGUAUCGACUGGUCUUUCGGAAAGACUGUAGCUUUCACAUUAUUCGUGCUUUUAUGUCCUCCAGCAUGGUUCUACUUUUCACUUCCUCUUGACAGUCGCAUGGGUCGAGCUCCUAUCAUCAAAUUUGUUUGCCAUAUCGUCUCACACGUGUAUUUUACCAUCCUCCUCACUAUUGUAGUGCUCAAUAUCACACAUAAAAUGUAUGAGACAACAUCUGUCAUACCUAAUCCAGUUGAAUGGCUUCUACUUCUGUGGUUGAGCGGUAACUUGGUGUCUGAGCUGUCCAGUGUAGGAGGUGGCUCUGGUUUAGGUAUAGUCAAGGUGCUGAUCUUGGUCCUAGCCGCUGCUGCCAUAGCAGUUCAUGUACUUGCCUUUCUUUUACCUGCGGUUGUUAUGACUCACCUAGACAACGACGAGAAACUGCAUUUUGCUAGAACCAUGCUAUAUCUAAAGAAUCAGCUAUUUGCAUUUGCUUUACUUUUUGCUUUCGUCGAGUUCCUCGAUUUUCUCACAGUGCAUCAUUUGUUUGGACCAUGGGCUAUCAUCAUCAGGGAUCUCAUGUAUGACUUAGCUCGCUUUCUAGUUAUCUUGUUGUUAUUCGUUGCGGGAUUUACAUUACAUGUAACGUCUAUCUUUCAGCCAGCCUAUCAGCCAGUCGAUGACGACAGCGCUGAAUUGAUGCGUCUGGCCUCUCCAGAACAAACUUUGGAAAUGUUAUUCUUUUCGUUGUUCGGACUUGUCGAGCCGGACACUAUGCCUCCACUUCAUCUAGUGCCUGAUUUUGCUAAAAUUAUUUUGAAGUUGCUAUUUGGUAUCUAUAUGAUGGUUACACUUAUAGUACUUAUAAACUUACUGAUUGCUAUGAUGUCAGAUACAUAUCAGAGAAUUCAAGCUCAGUCGGAUACGGAGUGGAAAUUUGGUCGUGCUAUUCUGAUCCGACAAAUGAAUAAACGUAGCGCCACCCCAUCUCCUAUCAAUAUGCUCACCAAAUUAUUUGUUGUUUUGAAAGUUGCCUACCGGAAUCGACUGCGAGUCUGCACUCAGAAAGCUCAACAAGAUUUGCGAUUCGAGGAAAAUAUUGAUGCUUUCUCGAUGGGUAAUGGUCGUCAAGGGAGAGUUAGUCCAACUAUGCGUGAAGACGAAGAAGGUAUGCGAGGUGAUGGCGCAGAGUUGGGACAGAUCACUGACUGGAAUAUCGAAAAUGUAAUAGACUGGAAGCGAAUAGUCUCUAUGUACUAUCAAAUGAACGGAAAGAAAGAUGAAACUGACGAGAAUGAACAAUGA